UCUUCCUCUUCCUCUUCCUCUUCCUCUUCCUCCCUCCUCCCCCUACACUCCCUCCUCACCCUCGCCUACCUCUCUUCUUCACCACCAUGUCCGCCUCCGUCUUCGACGUCUCCGUCGCCCCCGCCGACGCCCUCUUCGGCGUCCUCGCCGCCUACAGAGCUGACCCCUCCCCGACCAAAGUCGACGUCUCCGUCGGCGCAUACCGCGACGACAACGGCAAGCCCUGGGUCCUCCCCGUCGUCCGCAAGGUCGAGGCCAUCAUCAGCGCCGACCCCUCCGUCGACCACGAGUACCUCCCCAUCACCGGUCUUCCCGACUUCACCGCCGCCGCCGGCAAGCUCGUCCUCGGCUCUGACGCCGCUGCCAUCAGCGAAGAUCGCGUCUCCUCCGUCCAGACCAUCUCCGGCACCGGCGCCAACCAUCUCGGCGCCCUCUUCCUCGCCCGCCAUCCCCCCGCAAACAAAGUCGGCCCCACCACCGUCUACAUCUCCAACCCGACCUGGCCCAAUCACAAGCAGAUCUUCUCCAACGUCGGCAUCGUCCUCAAGGAGUACCCCUACUUCGACCCCAAGACCCUCGGCCUCGACAUCACCGGCUUCCUCUCCACCCUCGAGUCCGCCGAAGCCGGCUCCAUCAUCCUCCUCCAUGCCUGCGCUCACAACCCCACCGGUGUCGACCCCACCCAGGACCAGUGGAAGCAGAUCGCUGAGGUCAUGAUCCGCAAAAAACUCUUCCCCUUCUUUGACUGCGCCUACCAGGGCUUUGCCUCCGGCGACCUCGACCGCGACGCCUGGGCCGUUCGCUACUUCCUCUCCCUCGGACUCGAGCUUCUCGUCUGCCAGUCCUUCGCAAAGAACUUUGGUCUCUACGGUGAGCGCGCCGGCGCCCUCCACGUCGUCUCCUCCUCAAAGGAGACCUCCGUCGCCGUCAAGUCCCAGCUCGCCGUCCUCCAGCGCUCAGAGAUCUCCAACCCUCCCGCCUACGGCGCCCGCAUCGUCGCCCGCGUUCUCAACGACCCCGCCCUCUUCAAGGAGUGGACCGAGGACCUCAAGACCAUGGCCGGCCGUAUCCAGGUCAUGCGCAAGGUCCUCUACGACAAGCUGAUCGAGCUCAAAACCCCCGGCUCCUGGAACCACAUCAUCGACCAGAUCGGCAUGUUCUCCUUCACCGGCCUUACGCCCGCGCAGGUCGCUAAAAUCACAAAGGACUUCCACGUCUACUUGACUGCCAAUGGCCGGAUUUCAAUGGCUGGUCUCAACUCGAAAAACGUCGAGUACUUUGCCAAGGCUGUCGACAGCGUCGUCCGGACUGCUUAAGCUAUCUCUUACCUUUCUUUUAUUUUUUCUUUUCUCUUUCAAUCUCGGUUGCUACGCUGUCUAUAGACAUGACGCUUGCUCGUUCUAGCUGUGCUAAACGACUGCUUCACUCUUAUUCACUCCUUGAAUAGCAAUUCUUCAUAACAUAUUACAAAA